AUGAAGAACGCUGCCCUGGCUCGUCCUGUUCUAUGCCGUACCGUUCGUCAUUCUGCUCGCCAUCUACUUUGCUCGAGAAAAGAAAAUGAACUGGACUGUUUGAUUUCUUUCUUUGUCAUCCCUCACGCCCAGAUUUACAACUUCCUAGUGAUGUAUGCAAUUUCCAUCAUCAUGACCGAAGCUAUAUGCGGAGGUUUGAAGAACGUGACAGGAAGACCCCGUCCAUGCUUCUUCGAACUUUGUGGAUAUCCGAGUUCUGUUGAGAAUGGCACACGCAUCUUUGGAACGAUCGGCGUUGUUGCAGACAUUUCCAAGUGCACUAACAAAGAAAAACUGAAUGACGCAUUUAAGAGCUAUCCUUCUGGCCAUUCAGCCCACUCAGCUUGUGCCGCAGCUAUCGCCUAUUUAUUGAUUUUACGUCUUUUAUCGAACAUUCCAGGACUGAAAAAAUCGGUUAAGAGGGGAGUUAUCGUAUUCGUUGGGUUAAUCUGUGUGUGUCUGCCUUUGUACGUCGGAUCUUCGCGGAUUUGGGAUUACAAGCAUCGAGGUGAUGAUGUACUGGCUGGUUAUGCUGUGGGAGUCCUUAGUACACUCGUUACGUAUUACAUGAUCUACGGUGCAUCGCUGAAGGAGGAUAAAAAGAAGAAAGAGGAAGAUAGAAGUGUGUGA